AUGCUCCAUCAUUCAGAUGAUUCUCGCCACAUCUCAACAAACGAGUGGAAUUCUUUAUUCUCUGCACCUUUAAAUCCUUCAGUCUUUGCAACAUUGGCUGCUAAUGGCGUAUUUCCACGCUCUAACUCUGGUCUACCGCCAUCCCUAUGGAUGUCCCCCGCUUCUACAACUCCUUCAACUCCGUUGUAUUCCCCCCUCACUCAGCUCACAAUACCUCCGUAUCCGGAGCCUUCCCCCCUCUCGUCAAACAAACUUUCUUCUCCCACAGAGACAAUCGAGUCAAAAUCCGCAAUAUUCAGCGACAUUUUUUCAGAUGAUCUCUUUGGUUCCCCACAUCCAGAUCAUCCUCCGAGCACCUUUACCUCUCCUAGACUUUCCGGUUCACCCGACCUAGAAUCUCCUUUUGACGAAAGUGACCCAGAAAAACUUGCCAAACAAGAUCCUCUUGCAACUCAAGUCUGGAAGAUGUACGCACGGCAAAAGGCGAAUUUACCUCACGCUCAGAGAAUGGAAAAUAUCACCUGGAGGAUGAUGGCUCUCGCUUUAAAGAAGAAGAAAGAAGAAGAGGAAGCAGCAAACGCCAACUCAGAUAUUAAAUCAGAAGCUGUUACGACUCCCAUCCCUGACCCUGACGAGGAAAGAGGUCGUAGAAUCGACAAGGGCAAGGCAAAGGUCCAAGUCAUCGGUGUCGUAGCUAUGGACUGGCGUGCCAUGAGCAGAUCUCGCUCUCGCAUAUCAAUGGACUGGAGACCUCAAUCUCGUUCCCGUUCAAGGCCACCGCAGUCCGCAGCAGUCUUUGAUCAUCAUGGUGUGGUCACUGAUUCUCGAUAUCAUUUCCCCUCCGUGAGCCACCCAACAACCAACGGUGAUAGGGACAGACGGAAUAGCUAUUCAAGUAGGGAAUCACAUCUCGAAGGCCUCGCUUCCUCGCCUAGUAUUCCAAUACCUGGGACGUCUGCUCAUCGCUCUUAUCCGGGGUCCUCUUCGGCACCCCGCUCUGGACUUUCUGGUACCCUUCCAGCCGUUUAUGAAGGUCAAGUCGACCACGAUUCAGUCUCUUUCACCAACGGGCUCCAUCACGACCAACAACUCGGUCAACUCAACAACUCCCUCUCUACCCUCAAUACCCCCGCUUUCCACCCGUCUUCGCUCCCCUCUUUCGGUUUCCACGGAGGUUCGAAACUGCUACCAGAUCAGUCACCCAAAGCACGUGCCUUCCCCAGGCACGUGCGAAAAACGAGCUUCGAUCAUACUGUUAAGCGGGAGGGUCUAUUUACCGGUGUCAGCGGCAGACAUCAGGUCAAUGGCAAGCCCUUGUCGCCCGAUAGUCUAAUUGGGCAGAAACGGAGAGCAGAAGCACCUCAUGCAGAGAGCAUGCUGCGCGCAGACCCCUCCAAUGUAGACGGCAAUCCCCGCACCACUCAGGAGCCAGAUCAGUACGUGAGCACCAGUCCCUUCCCUUCCACCCCUUUCAAUUUCUGCUUCCCGCGGGACUAUGGGAUGUUUGAUAUGCACGGUGGCUCACACAACGAAUUCUCGCAUAUGCUCCACGCCACAGACGAUUCUCAUUCGUCGUUCCAUGAUUCUGUUUCACAUCCUCUCAACGGUUCUACAUAUGGGUCUUCUUCGGGCGUUAAUGGGGGUCUCUCGGCUGCCGCUGCGGCCGCAAGUGUAGCAAUGGCCGAAGGUUAUCGGAAUCUCAGCGCCGCUGCCAAUUUUCCGUCAGACGACUACAGCCAUCUCCUUGGACUUCCGUUUGGAAACAUCGACACAAGCGUCAAUCUCGCACAAGGCCCAUAUACGGUUGAUCCCACACAGAUUCUUCCAGUGGAGCAUGGCGACGGGGUCUUACAGAGCUACCAUCCUAGUCCAUCAAGCGACGGAUGGGGCAAUGGCAUUACGUCCAGUUCGACCGCAUCCCCUGAACCAUAUUUAACCUCUAGCGCUUCCUCACCUCCAUCUGUCGAAGGUACCACUACGGGCCCCAACUCACGGAAUCAGAUGCGGAAAAUUGCGUCUACGAAACGUAUCGCCCAGGAAAUCAGGCGCAAGAAAUCAGUUUCUGCGCUGAGCCCCACACUCGGGACUGUAUCACGAUCAGCGACGAGUACCCCUGAUCUGAGUACAAGAGACGGGAGCGGUGGGAAUCUGAAAGGUAGUAGUGAUGAUGGUGACCAGCCGCCCACAUCAUGUACGAACUGCCAGACUACGAAUACGCCGCUUUGGAGACGUGAUCCCGAAGGGCAGCCUUUGUGCAACGCAUGCGGGUUGUUUUUUAAACUGCAUGGUGUCGUUCGUCCGUUGUCGUUGAAGACGGACGUGAUCAAGAAACGGAACCGAGCUUCUGGUGCGCCCAACGGAAACGCACGCAAAGGGGGCGCUGGAUUGCCCAAACUUGCAUCGUCGAAUACUCGGCCCCGUGCGUCGACGACUAGCACGGUGCCGACUGGAUUUGCAAAUGGCCGCGGGGCGACGAAUGCGAAUAGAGUGGGGCUGGGCCCGUCUCCCCCCGUCGCGAUGAAGAGACAACGGCGGACGUCAACGAGUGGGCACAUGCCUACUUCAAAAGACUUUAAAGAAUCCCGCCGUAUCUCUCGCACCGACCUCAAUUUCGAACAGGCAUUGAAGCAUGGGGGCACAGUGAAGCUUAGAGAGAGCCUUGAUAUCAAUACACUGGGCGUAUCUAACAGCCCUGCUCCCCCUGCGCAUGAAUUCACUUCGGCUUCAGCUCGACCCCCAUCAAGGGAAUCGCGGACGCUGUUGACACGCGCUCACGCACCGCCUACACCUGUCAUCGUCCCACCCACACCAUCCCCAGGCCCUUGUCCCGGCCCCUCCUCCGCAAGAUGUCCCUCUACGACCAGCUCCAACGAGGUUUUCUUCGAUGCCGAAGACCCUGAUAUGCAGACUAGAAGACGGAGCUUGUACCGUGCGCCUGGUACGAGCAGCAGCCCCGACCUCGCCACGCUCGUGCGGAAAGCAAAAGAGAGGGGAGGGGUGGUUCCGCAGGUUGAGAAACGCGCGGAGCCGCCGUUGCCGGUACAUGGAGGGGGGGCGUCGAGACUUGGAGUUGGGCCUUCGCGUCCGAGAUCGUCAACUUCUGCGGGAUCCCCUCCUUCUGCUUCUUCGUCUUCUUCGCCUGGGAAUCCGGUGGUGAAUGUGUCGCCUGCGGUAGUGAGGCCGUCGAAGCUUGGUCAGAGGGAGUUGUCGAGUCCAAGUUCGGAUUGGACAAGUGCGUUUCUGGGUAAGAUGCUGGGUCAGUCCACGACGCGGGACCGGUCGCGGACGGAUGCUUCUGUCACUGGGUCUCCGCGCUCAAGACCGUCUUUCGUAGACAGUUUUGCACCCCCUGUUCCCCCGCUGCCAGACGACGCCUCUCGCUCUGCCGUAUCCCCCACCUGUGAUACUUUUGCAAGCUCCUGUUCGAGUUCUACAGAUCACAAACCCCUACCUCCCAUCCGUCUUGGUCCAGCCACUGAUAAUUCAGACGAUCGGUCUCUUGUUGUAAUUGGUGCCGUGUCACGAACACGAGACCGCGGGCCGUCUCCUGGCACGCGUCUUAACGACAAACCAAAGCCAGAGGGCAGGCUUAUUUGUCAUAACAAGCGACGAAGCAUGAGCGUGAACGACAUCAAUUUACAAAAUCUAAAUGCUCCUUCCUCUCCUGCGCCCACGCUUCCUCCCAAGGACUCUGCCCCUACCGAGCUUCAGGCUUGGGAGUCUUCUUCCUCGCUUCACGGGAUUCUUAGUGAUUUGAAAGGUGUUUUGUCUCAACUGGAUCCGGACUCUGGUUCAUCGCUUGACUUGCGAGACCCUUCUACGCCUGCGAGACGUGCUGCUUAUAUGCGGUCAAAGAUACAGACCCCUGAAUUUAGGUAUCAAGGGGAUUCUCAAAAAUCUCCGGUAAUGCCUCCCGUUCCGCCGUCUACUCCGAUUGUGACGUUGCCCACUCAGGGGAAGGAUUUGGCUGCGAAGUGUUAUACCGAGGAUGAGGAUUUCUUGGCGAAGGAGAAGAUUGCGGAGUGGUUAGGCGGACAUGGACAAGUCAACAAGACAGCACUGCAUCACUACAUGAACUACUUUGACUUUACGGGGCUAAGGCUUGAUAUCGCGUUUAGACGUCUUUGUGCAAAGUUGUAUCUCAAGGCUGAGACCCAACAAGUGGAUCGAAUUCUUGAAGAGCUCAGUCGACGAUUCUGGGAUUGCAAUCCUACGCGUCUAUAUGGGAGUGCUAGCGUCAUCCAUGCGGUCGUCUACUCUAUUCUCCUAUUAAACACCGACCUCCACAUCGCAGAUAUUGCAAACAGGAUGUCGAGGAGUCAAUUCGUCCGCAACACGAUGAUGGCCAUUCAGUCGCAGAGUCACCCGAGUCAAUAUGGUUCCAGUCCAGAUCUGAACGAUGACAAUAGCAGCGGGCCGCUGACGGCAUCUGACGGCACCGAGACGCAGUCCCUCGCUCGGUCAAAGAGAAGUGGUAGUAUUGCAAGCUGGAACAGUAUCUCCAAAGAUACAUUCUUCGCUUCAGCUCCGCCUUCUUCUGCCGUUUCGACAACGCAGCCCUCGCUUAAUAGCAGUACCACUACUGCUCCCUCGACUGCCACGUUUGACAGGAGCUGGGAGAUAGACAUGGAAAACCUGCUCAAGGUAGCUACACCUUCUAUGGGUAAUUUCCUCACCCCUUCUCUUGGUUUCGCGUCCAAUUUGUCGCAUACGAUCAUCAAGGAAGCGCAGGAGGACGAAGACCGCAGCUACCGCAGUCAUGAAUCUAGCUCGACGACUAUUAGUAUCACAGAUGAAGAACUUGCGCUUCUCGGGGCGCCAUGGGCAAAGGAGGGGAUGCUUUGUCGUAAGCAGUACUGGGAGUCCGCGGGCAAGAGAGCAAAGUCUAAGAACUGGAUGGACGUUUUCGUGGUCAUUCAAAGAGGGGAGCUGAAUAUGUUCACGUUUGGAGACCAUGGUGGAGGGUUCUCUGCCGUAGUUGGUGGUGGUAAUUGGCUGGAAAACGCCCAUUCCGUUGGCACAGUGCAGCUGUCUCAUUCGCUAGCCCACUCCUUGCCUCCACCAGGCUACAACAAACAACGUCCCCACUGCAUGGUGCUAACCUUGUCCAACGGCGGCGUAUUCUUUUUCCAAGCUGGUACAGAGGAGCUCGUCAACGAGUGGGUCUCGACGUGCAACUACUGGGCGGCACGUACCAGCAAAGAGCCAUUAGCAGGUGGCGUCUCCAACAUGGAGUAUGGCUGGAAUCGUGUUGCCGAUGCUUUGAAUGGACGCUCUGCAUCAGACGACCAGAAACUCGAACACGAUCGCACCGAUUCGAUGAGCGUACGCAGCGGGCGGAGUACCCGAAGCAAACUCGGGUGGAAAGAGAGUGCCGCUACCGUCCGCGCUCAUUCGCCGUGGUCGGAGAGAUUGUUCAUCAAUGAUUGGAAGCCUCCUAUUCCACCCUCGAUAUCUAGCAUUCAUGACGAGGAAACCCAGCUUGAAGCACUUCAGAAAUAUGUGUACAUGUUGAAGAAGGAUCUAAAGUAUCAUAAUGAACUGAGGGAACCAAUGAACGCUCUGUACACACCGCGUUCAACGAACGGAACGAAAGCCCAGAGUAAUUGGGAAAAGAAGUCGCAAUUCCUGCUCACUGAAAUUGUGAAGUACGAUUCCUACGUCGACUCACUACAAUUCGCCAUGAAUCUGCGUCUGAAGAAGAGAGGCGAAAAGGCGCUAGAACGCGCUCUGGUUGUUGCGGUACCUGAUGACAAUGACCCCGCGACAGCAUCUGGUAACUGGAGAGGUUACUCAGAGGAGACGAUCCCCGAGGACGAUGAGCCACCGGCGAAUGGAAUACCCAGAAUUUCCCCAUUUCAUCGCAGGGAGACGGCGGAGGAAGGGUAG